AUGAAAUUUUUUAUUUUCGGAAUAACCUUCUAUUUCCGUUUAUGUUUUUGUCAAAUUACUCAUUUCAAUAAAACGUUCUUUUUGAAUAACCAUACAAAUAAUGAACAGUCUAUUUUGCAUAAAAGUAAUCCCAAUAAAAAGCACGAUGGUUUUCUUUUUCAACUAACGAAAGAAUACGAACCAUACGAUUUGGAAAAAAUUAUUAUUGUUUACCAGUACGGAGAGUGUUCUCAAAUCAAAAACGAUGGAUUGAAAAAAGUGGAACACGAAGAUUCAGUGACCUCUAACAAAAAAAUAUUAUUCUGGAAUCAACGGUCUCGAGAUGAAGCCUUUCGUCAAUUUGAAUGGAGCAUUCGAAAGCUUUAUAAAGAAUAUGUUUCCACAAUGAAUGUCAUUAAAAACAUACGCUCCUUCAAUAUCAAUUCGGUAACGAAUUUCCGCAGCUUAAUAGAUAAAAAAAGUGAACAAAUACCAUUCCCUCCUCUGCAGUCAAAAUAUUAUAAAACAAUCAACAUGGAAGUUGUCAAGGUUCCCUCUUUUAUGACAGCAAAAGAAAUGAUCAAUUUAACCAAUACAAUUCCGUGUGUCUUCAAUGCAGUAAAAGAUUAUGAAAAAAAAAUGUUCCACAAUACAGAUAUCAAUGAAACGUUUGAAACUCUAAAUGAGUCUAUGUUCAUCACUUUACUAGAACCUACUUUUGUAAAAAAAAGCAAAGAGGAAAUAAAUAAAAAGACAACAACGACUACUACCCAUACAAAUACAACGAAACAAGUAAAUCACAAUAUAACGAAAACCAAUAAGAACGUUAAUACAAUGGAAGCAAACGGAUAUCGUAAUUUAUCUAUUUUACGCAAUAGUUUUUCUGGAAAUUUCUUUAAUUUUUUAAAACCAAAAGAAAGCGUUUUAAUUCCAAAUGAUCCAUUGUUUUCAAACCAGUGGUAUUUAUUAAGUAACAAUAAAUUUGGAAUCGACGCACAACGCGGUUGGAGCAUGCUUCACCCUUCAAAAUCGUAUCCCGUGAUUGCAGUCGUUGACGAUGGUUGUGACUUAUUCCACCCAGAUAUUGCAUCAAAACUUUGGAAAAACCCCAAUGAGAUAUGUGACGAUGGAAUUGAUAAUGAUCAAAACGGAUACAUAGACGAUUGUUAUGGAUGGGAUUGGACGGAGAAUGAUAAUGACAUGUUUUCCAGUGAUAGCAACCACGGGACAGCUGUUGCUGGGGUUGUGGCAGCUUCCACGAAUAAUCGAAAAGGAAUAGCUGCGGUUUGUUGGGAGUGCAAAAUUAUGUGUUUAAGGUUCAUUAAAGAAGAAAAAGGUAUUAUUUCACACGAGGUCGCUGCCUUAGAUUAUGCAGUCACAAUGGGGGCAAAGAUCUCCAUUAAUAGCUAUGGAGGUUAUGGGUGGUCUGCUCUUGAACAUGAAAUUAUACGACGUCUUGAUAACUUAGGCCAUCUUAUGAUAUGCUCUGCUGGAAAUGAUAAUUUGAAGAUCAAUAUGCUCGUCAACCAAUUUCAUACACCGUCUUCUUACCAAUUAAGUAACAUUGUUUCUGUCUCUUCAAGUUUACGUUCAGGAGCAAAGCAUCCUUCCGGUAAUUAUGGCAACAAUUAUGUUGACAUGUUUGCCCCAGGGGCUAGUAUUUUAUCUGUUUAUAAAAAAAACCAGUACAGAUCCUAUCACGGAACGUCUUUUUCUGCGCCUUUAGUGGCGGGAAUCGCUGCUUUAGUUUGGGCACAAAAUCCUUCCUUAUCUCAUCGAGAUGUCCGGCAAGUUUUAUUAAAAAGUUGUCGUCCUUCUAAGGAACUUACGGGUCUUUGUAAGUGCAACGGAGUAAUAAGUUUAUCUCGAGCACUGGAAAAUGUUGCUACCUUUAAAACCCAGACGAUGACCUAUAACGGUCGGAAGAGUCUGCGUUCCUUACGCUUCAACCCGUUUCAGCAAGCGACACCCGUAACCAAUUUUUUACAACCAUUUUCAACCCAAACAAAUAAAACGAAUGAAAAAACGAUGUUUCAACCAAAUCUAACAGAAGCACAUGCUACGUUGAAAAGGUUGGAAGAAGACGCUUCUUAUCAUUUGACACAUGGAAUCCAUAAGUUUGUAAAAUCCUUGGUUCGAUGGGUACCAAUCACCCCCCUAACAGCUUUUCUACUAGUUAAUUAAAUUUAAAAAGCGAAAUAGAUUUCUCACAAACCAAUAUGCAGUACCGAAUUUUUUUAUCUAGAAAAAAUCAUUUUAUUGAUUAAAAAAAAAUCUAUAUUAUCAUUUCAUUUCACUUUUUUCUUUUAAUAUUCACGUAUUAAUU